AUGACUUCUAACACAGAAAACGAUGCUCCGGAUCUGCGGCAGGUAGACUGCUCUUGCGCCGAAGGUGUCCACGCCCAUGACAAUGUUGAUGGCGCGACUGGCCAACAGAGAAUGACCCUCCUGCAAAGAGCAUCCCUUUCUCAAUUUCACAAGUUAACUGAAGAGGCGGAGACAAACGCCGACUUAGAGGAGGACUCCAGUCCUAGCACCUGCCCGAGGUCACGCAAAAGCUCCUUUGUGCCGGCUGGCGGACAUCUCGAAGGGGACCAGGUGUUUCGACCCCUGAGUCAGUCCACCAUGGCGUCCAGCAUUGAAUACUAUGUAAGGCAGCAACGCAGACAACCCGACGGGUUUCUAGGUGACAAAAGGCCCCCAGAGACAGUGCUGGGUAGGAAACAAGCUAGGAAAGGUAGCAUGUUUGAGCUUGGAGAGCGUCCCGGAGUGUUUGAGCCGUGGCGGCGAUUCAGUGCUGUUGAAAGCAAUGUGACGGACCCUCGUCUAAGUUAUAGCGCCGUCCCCAUGUACCAGAGCAAGUCUCCUGACGUUAUUAUCAAAGGUUCUGAUCAAGGGCACGUAGAACAUGAGGAAACAAGGGAGAAGCUGAGAGACAGUUUAGAAGAGGAGGAAGGACGAGAGGUGACGGAGGAGAAGGAAGAAGAAGUUGGAUGUGAUAAACCCAGGAAGAUCGAAAAUGACAACAAUGAGGAAAAAAGCGUAAUAAGACGCACGGACUGA